ACGGGUGCGCGCACGUCGCUGUCACUCAGAGUUGGUUGUAGGAAAUGCGGACACGGCGAGAUGUCAGCAGGGCCGUGUCUAUCUCUUCCAGGGAUGCUACCCGUUUGACAUCUCAGAUGGUUUCCUGACAUUUUUAAAACGCAACGCACAAGUGUACUCAAUGUCAACAGUGAUACGGAUCUGUUGGCGCGCGGAUGAGUGGGAACCCCGUACGGAGCGGCAGUGUUUAACGUUAGCUAACACCGUUAGCCCAGCAGCACACCACCCUCCACACUCAGAACCCCAACCGUACUUUAGGCUUUAUCAUUAGAACUUUUCUACCGGCCCAGCGGCUUACCAGCGGCCUGUCUCGCUCGCGCCUUUACAUCCGUUCAGCGGCGGCGGGGGGGGCGGUCACGGUAACCGGAGCAGACAGGAGCCCCCCCGGUACGGACGGACGGACGGACAGAUCCCACAGCUGCGGUUGUAUCAGUGAGGAGCAGCUAUGGCUGAAAUCACCACCCUCACUCCCUCCCCUCCCAGUAUGGCUGACCCAUCAGUCCCUGCUCCCUCCAGCCCACAGCCUCUCCCCUCAGAAUCUCCCAUCCCAAAAUCAUCUCUCUACGGGGACCGAGCCAUGAUGGGAAACCCAACAUUACAGGCAAGCGGAAAAAUCUCUUCUUCUUGGGAGAGCACACCGGGCAAAAACAGUGCCGCUCUCUCUUCAACAGCAUCAGUGAGCGCUGCUGGUCCUCCUGAAGAGGUACUAGCUGCUCCAGAUGGAGAGAGAAAUGGGAAAAAUGAUUUAAUCGGCCAAACAGAGCGACACACUGAAGCACAAGAGCAACAGAUGCCAUCAUGGCCUGAACUUAAUCCCAGUCCUAAUCUCUAUCCCAACGUUCAAGUCAGCCAGACUUCCAGUCCUGCUCCCCCCGUGGACAUUCCUCCUCAGUUUACAUUUCCUGCUCCCAUUUCCAAUCCAGCCCCCUCUUCACAAGACUCCAGGCAAACAGAAGCACAAACAGUCCCCCAGCACGAGUCCGCCCAGAACCCCGAACCCAACACUCCCAGCACUGCCAAGGUGACCCCUGAGCCCCCCUGCACACCCUCCAAGGCUGAGCCCCCAGCCGUACUGGUGCAGGAGUCCGCUUGGUCAGUGGUUCUGCCCUCUGCUUACUCGCGACCAGCCCCGGACACGCUCAGCUACCUGGAGUCAGCCAGCCUAAUGUCGGGCACGCUGGAGUCUCUGUCGGGGCUCGGCGAGGACGGCAGCUCUUUUGGGUCAGACUCGGAGAUCAACGGUCCAGUGAGGCGUACUGAUAAAUAUGGCUUCCUGGGAGGAGCACAGUAUAAUGAGGGCAGUGAGGCGGACAUCGCUGUGGCCGUGGCAAGGCAGAGAGAGAUGAAAUGGUUGGACAUGUUCAGAAACUGGGACAAAUGGAUAUCUCGACGCUUUCCAAAGGUGAAAGUGCGCUGCAGGAAAGGAAUCCCCUCCUCACUCAGAUGUAAAGCCUGGCAGCUGCUCUCCAACAGCCAGGAGCUCCUUGAGUCCAAUCCUGGAAAGUUUGAGGAAUUGGAGAAAGAGCAGGGAGAUCCGAAGUGGUUGGACAUCAUAGAGAAGGACUUGCACAGGCAGUUCCCAUUCCAUGAGAUGUUUGCUGCUCGGGGAGGACAUGGGCAGCAGGACCUGUACCGUAUACUGAAGGCCUACACAGUCUAUCGGCCAGAUGAGGGCUACUGUCAGGCUCAGGCCCCAGUGGCAGCAGUGCUGCUCAUGCACAUGCCUGCUGAGCAAGCCUUCUGGUGUCUUGUGCAAAUCUGUGAGAAAUACUUGCCUGGCUACUACAGUGCUGGGUUGGAAGCUAUUCAGCUGGACGGAGAGAUUUUUUUCUCUCUUCUGAGGAGAGUUUGUCCCAUGGCUUACCGUCACCUGAAGAAAUUUAAGAUCGACCCCAUCUUGUACAUGACAGAGUGGUUUAUGUGCAUUUUCUCCCGUACGCUGCCUUGGUCUUGUGUCCUGCGUGUCUGGGACAUGUUCUUCUGUGAAGGAGUGAAGAUUGUGUUCAGGGUGGGUCUGGUGUUACUCAAGCAGAUGUUGGGGUCUGUGGAUAAGCUCCGUGAGAUGCAGGGCAUGUACGAGACCAUGGAGCGACUGAGGAACAUCCCACCUGAAGCUAUCAGGGAGGAAGUUCUGGUGCAAGAGGUGAUCACUCUGUCUGUGACGGAGGCCCUCAUUGAGAGGGAGUGCCGUAUUCAGGUGCGCAAGUGGCGGGAAUCUCGUGGAGAGUUGACUCACCAACCGGGUCGCCGUUUGCACGGAACACGGGCCAUCUUCGAGCAGAAACACCGGGCUGCUGCAAUCAGUUCUGGCGGCAGCCUGUUGUUCCUGGGCGGUCAUGUCCCUCCCCCUGGACCCUUACGUGCAUCAUCAAGCCUCCUGUCACUUUCUGGUCUUAGAAAGUCCAAGAUGCCAUUCCACUCACAGAACAAGAAGGGCUCCACUUCUGGCAGCUUGGGCCAGGAUAUCGUCCCACUGCAGCCCCUUGGGGGUGGCAUCAGUGCAGUGGCCUCAAAACCUCCUGUGCCAUCUGCCUCUAACGCUGGAGCCGGUGGGCGGCCGCCAGUGCCACAUGGGCCCAGUCUGCUAGCUACAACAUCAUCUACUACCACGCCACCGGCUCCAACUGCACACGCGUCCAGCACGCAUAUGCUCCAGCCGUCACCUAAAGUCGUCUCUGAACAUAUCACCCCCACAAUCCCAUCGCCCACCGCAAACAACGCCCCAUUACCACCUUGCCCAGAAACCGCAAAAACGGCAGUGGAGGAAGAUGGAAAAAAGAAAAAGAAAACCAAGGAGGACAAGAAGCGAGAGAAAGAGGAGGGGAAGCAAAAAUCACAGGAGAAGAAAGAGAAGGAGAAAACCGAGAAAGAGAGGAUGAAGAAGAAGGAGAAAGCUGAGAAAGAGAAGAAAAAGGAGAAGGGGGGUAAGAAAAAAGACAAAGGGGGAGGAGGAGAGACUGAGGAGAAGAACGGAGCUGCAGCAGCAGCAAAAGAUUUGGCCUAAUUCCUGCCCCGUCUCUCGUUCAGCAAGAGGAAAAGCAUGAGAAUGGCGGAAAAAAGAGGACAAGGAAUCAAAACGGCUGCAGACUGGUGCAAAGAGUAAGAGAGACAGAGAGCGAAUCACCUGGAAUGUCCAUUUCAUCUCAAGUACUCAUUUCACAAGGAUAAGUGGAUCACUGCAUCUGCCCCACGUCUCUCAUCAUCUCAUCUGCACUGUGCUUUCACCCAAUGCCGAAACAGGAAGCAUUUAUUACUUAGCCUUUUAUUAGUUUUUUUUGAAGGUGGAUAUCUGAAUUGAUAAGAUCAGCUAUAUGAUUAGUAGUCAAUUCUAUUGUACUGGGUGCCAUGGUGUACAUAGACCUCUAGUGCCAUCUGUGCCAGUCUAGCCCCACAAUCCCCCUCUGCCCAUCACCCGAGAGGUGUCUCAACCAGAAUACCUGAAUAAAACUCUUCUGUGGCGAGAAAAGCAUGGCGGUGACUUGUAAUAACUUAUCUCUGAGUGUUCUGGAGGACCUAUUUAUUCAUUGUACUGUUGAUUGUUAAGAGUGUGUUUGUGUGCUCUUGUAUGUCUGUGCCUUGACAGUGUAGUGAAUGGUGUCACAGUCUCGUGCUGCAGACCGGUCUCGUCUUUCUUCUCUCUUUUCAAUCUCAAAGGAGCUCGUCCUUACAGUUGCGCUCUUGUAAGAGGAAUUAAUAAGUGUUAGGGGGAGUGGAGGAGCUAAAUUGAACUGGGGGGGAAAGGUACGUUCUCCUUUAAAACAGUGGAAAGAGCCACUUUUAACUAUCCAUUUUAAAAGAAUUUGAAUAUCCAAGUCAACAUAAUUACUAAAAGGAAAUUAAAACUGUUCAUGAUUCGUGUACCUGUCUCUCUCCGCUCUUAAGACUCUCAAUCCAUCAUUACAUCAGCCUCACCUAAAAUUUCCUUUUGACGCCAAAGAGCUUAUUUGAUGUUUUUCUUUCUUCUUUUUCAAAUAAAUUGCAUCACAUAAAGUGCGGUAAACGUUAAAUUCUGCCAAGCGUGUCAGUCACUCCAGAUGUCUGUGUGGUUUGAUGUUGAUGAUCUUGAUGUUGAUAUGGAUGUAGAGUUCAGACUAGGAUUUUAAUAAAUUUAUGCACUGAGGCCUGUUGAUUUUCACCACUAACCUUGAUCGGUUUGUUAAUGUAGGGCACUUGCUAAUCCAGCUCACAUGACUCCUUAAGUCUGCGCCUUGUUGGAUGAGAAGGGUUUGGUGCAGCGCUGUAGCAUUAACCUUUGACCUUUGAAGCUCUUGGCUUCAAGCUGUAAUAUUUUGAUGUAUAAACUAUUAAUUUAAUAGGAUGAAACCAUAUACUAUCUAUUACAGCUACUAUUAGUUUUGUUUUGAAUUAGAUUUUUUAUUUUUCUAUGCAAGUAUGCAGAGGCCUGGUAGACUGGAAUGGCAGUGAGCUUGGUUUUAGGAGAGCGAUGUAUUUAAUCACAGGAUUUAUUUUUAUUUUA